GCACAAGUCCUGUAGCACAGGGGGACAUAGGCUGGAAAGCUGACGCAUUUCUGUUCUACCUGCCAGUACCUGCAGAGACACAUUUGAGGACACCAGAGGAAAAGACCACCUUGAAACAAUAUCAACGCCUACGAAACCACCUGGAUACUUCUGGCUCUUAAUUUUUAUGACUUUCACACUGGACUUUUGUGAAUUAAGGAAGCACUCACCUUGAUCUCAGCUUUGCGUUUGACCCUACAUUGAGAGUUACAAACGUUUUCUGACUUGACAAGUGGACAGUUUUGAUGCUUUUUGGGAGAUGCAGUUGUGUUGAAGUAGCUCGCGCUGCCUGACAGGUUUGAGACGUGACUGGGAAAGUGUGUGUGUGUUUGACAGCUCUGAUUCAUGAGUUGACUAGCGUUUGUUUGAGUAUGUGACUCUGUUGACAGAUCCACUCAAUAGACGCUCAAACAUUCAUGUAGGAGUGGUGCACUGCUCAUUUCAGACCAUCUCUAGUGACGCAGCUGUUGUUUCUCUAUUAAAUGAGAAUAACAUUUGCAUGCUAUUGAUGCAUUGAUUGAUUGAAAUGUAACUAUUCUAAAGGAGUUGCUCAGGUCAGGUCAAGGCGUAUUCAUGACAUCACAUCGCUUUAUUUUUUGUUUAGGGACGUAAUUGCAGGUGCCUCUGUGGUUACAUAAUAACUAUAACUUUGUUGCUUUGUCACUGAGCAUGAGGCAUUGCAGAACUGCUGUGAUCUCUGGGACAAUCCAGUGUCCUGCGUUCUAGCUUUUACUAUGAUGUCUCUGAAAACUGUAUUGUAGAACGAUGACUCUAUCAACAGUAAGGUUGUAAGUAUAGGUCAAUGUAAUUUUGUAUACUCUUAAAUUAGGAGUGACCUUAUGUUACUAUAUAUCUCUGACUCACAAUUGGAAAUGUAGCUAUUGAGGUAUGCUACUGAAAAUAGUUCCCAAACUUUAGUCAGGCAUUGUUGGAAGUUUAGAUCACAGUCAGCUGCUUGGUGGCAAUUUGUAGUUUGUAUCGUGCUGCAGUGGAACACAAUCUGUCCUGGUCUCGCUCUGAAGACAGGUGUAUUAGAACAACAUUGGCCUAAAGAGGAAGGUCCUCCAUAAGUCCUACCCAACCAUGGAGUUUUAACACAGAUACACUUUCAACCGGACGUGACUGGACUGAAUUGGACUAUCAUCAAUGGACCUUGGAGCCUCCAUUUGAGAGUGUGUCACAGUGUGUCACUGAAAAAAACUUGACGUUGAGGACGCAAACUUUGGUUGAAUUUACUCCCUCUAAAUCCUGAGAGAUGGAGUACCUGGGAGACAAGUUGUCAGUGGCCCACUCGCAAGUGUCUGGCUGGAUGGGAAAUGUACGCCGUUCCCUUCAAGGUGCCCUCAACAUGGUCUCCAGCAGCGUUGAGAGAAGAUCAGCAGGAGGAGGUGGAGAGGAUGGAGGUGGUUUUAAAAGGGCCGCCUCUCUACGCAGCUUGGCCAGUCGCAGCCGUGAAUCCUUCCGCAGAUUCAGCCUGCGCAGCCAACAACGCUUGUCCCUACGCAGACGAACCACCUCGCUGGCUUCACCGAGCACUCCUUCGUCUGAGCUGGUAAAGCAGUGCGGCGGUGGACCGGAGGAGAAUAAAGACACAGACAAUCUGGUGCAGGAGACCGACAGUCAGUACGGCACAUGGGAGACAGGACUCCGCACAGACGACAGCCUCACUCCAGCUACACCUUCGUCUGACGACAACCUCACCCCAUCUCCACGAAAGCCCACCCCACCCCACGCGGCCGAACAGCCCCUUCUCAUCGACACGACAGAUGGCUCGACCGCGUCUCCUCAAAAACAGACAGAGCUCCCAUUCCCAGAGACCCCGACGACACUGUUAGACUCUAGCGCACUACGUGCCAGGGUCAGCCUGAACAAGAAGAGCACUCGCAGAGCCCCGCCUUCUCGAGCCGCCCGCCACAGCGCGCUCUUAUCACAAGUCCCCGAGGGAACCGGAGCAGAAGAUGAAUGGCGCUACAAGGACUCAAUAGAGGAGAAGACAGACCCUUGUAAGCAGGGUGAGGAGUCAGACUCUGAGGAGCAGGCCAAGGGGAUCGAAUCCCGUACAUCCUCCAUGUCUCAGCCUCAGAGAGUGGCGCUCUUCCCUGGCAUGGACCCAUCUGCUCUCAAGGCUCAGCUAAAGAAGAGAGGAGACUCAGACAAUCAGACAGAAGGCCCUUCACCCUCUCAGCUCUCACGUUCACCCAAAUCUCCGUUCUUGCCUCGAGCUGCCCGCGUGCUGCCUCCUGCUGGCGGCAAAGAGAAUGGAGAAGAGUCCUCACCUCAGUGGCUGAAAGAACUAAAGACAAAAAAACGUUUGAGUCAGUAUGAAAACGACAAUACAGCCUGAACAAGCAGGAUGCCUUAUAACUGCAGUAUCUGUAGCUGUAACUCAUGACAGAAGCCUUAACCUUUGACCUGGAAUUCUGCUGCUGACUACGACAUCAUUCUCUCUAGUUUUUUUUUUCUUGGCCUUCCUCUCCAGCCUGAGCCGCGUACAUGUGCAUGGUGCCUUUCUAAAAGAUUUCUGACUGACGUAAAGGGCAAAGCAGAGAUCCAUGAGUCCAUGUAUUCGCUGUGGAGUGUCUCUUCAGCUCUUCGUCAUACGAGAGAGAAUUAUUUUUGCAUAGAGCCACUUUAACCUCUAGCGAGCGAGAGAUCAUCCUCUACAGUGGAGCCGUGGGACCACACGCACCUACAAGUAACCUGAAGUGCUUCAUAUAACUGGAGUAUGACGCUGGUUUGUUUUUACCCUUUUAUGUUCAUAUUAAUAGAGCUUUCGUGCUUUUUUUUGUUCGUUUGUUUGUCAUAUUCUCAUUGUUUAUGUUCAGUUGGUGGUUAUAGGUAUCAGUUGCACAUGCAUUUCCGAUCACACUUUUCUUUCCAAAUCUGAAUAGUCGACAGAGCUGUCGGUAUAGAAAGUGUAUUUAGUUAUGAUGAAAUGUUAAUCACAGAAUGUUAUAUUUGUAUUGAUGUCAGUUUGAAAGGAAAACGAUAAAUGUUUAAUGAUCAAAGAUGUGCGUGUGGGAACCUGUUCGAAUGGGCCAGUGAAUGAAUUUGUUUGCACACGUCUUAUAACUCGUUUUUUUUUUUUUUUUUUCCGGUUAGGUUUGAGACAUUCAGACGGGCAAAGGUCUGCCUCCGUUUGUUCAGCUUUCACUAUUCCGUCGUAUCCCCCUAUCGUGUUUGAAUCCGUAAUAAUACCAUGAUCGGAAAAACUGCGCAUGUACAAUCAGUCACUUUGUUCUUCUUUUCAUCCCGAUACUUCACUCGCUUAAACGAUGGGCCAAAAACGAUGACCGCAAAUUGCACAAUCAGCAUAUUAAUCAGUUUUUACUUCCCUCGUAAGAUAAUGAAUUAAUGCAGAAGGGAAAGCGUUUUUUUUUUUUUGUGUGUGUCCCUGAUUCUUGGUUACUCGCAUCUAUUUUGUUUACUAGUUUGAAGGGAAACGUGAAAGUACUGUAAACGUUGUUCACAUUACAUUGCACACUUGUUACCGUAUUUAAGAAAAAAAUAUCGCGGGCCGUCGUGCCGCUCCCACCUAACAAGCACUUUUCACCUGUUAAUGAACAGCGGUUCUGACCGGUAGUCACUUUUGUAACGCAUGUGUCUUCACACGUGAUGUCAAUGUUGUGAUGUUAGUAUGCUGACGGUAUGUGAGUAAUGUGUCCUAUGAUUUUUUUUUUUUUUUUUCUAUUAUCAGCUUCUUUUCAUUGUCUGCCUCAACAGUUGUUAUAGUCUGUUAAGGGUAAUUUGUCCAUUUUAUUUUAAAUUUGACUGUAAAGAUGUUUAUUGCACUGUUGUAAUGCCAGUGUCCAAUACUGUAAAUUCGUAAUAAAAUUUACUAUAAAUAUA